AUCAGCACUCUGAGCAUCUUAAGCACCGACCCGCACGACCCAGAAAAUGACGAUGAGCUUCAUCAGAUGAGGCAGGCUGCCAGGCUUGUGUGCGAUGCCUUGCGCAAGUAUUUUGAAGUUCACACUACCUUGAAGGCUGACGAGCUGCGAAGUCUUCACCAUCAUGAUGGGGCCUCCACCCUCAGAGAAAGCAAGUCUGUGAAAGGAUGCAAGUUCACUUUGGAGGAGAACAUGGACAUCCUUCUAGAGCACCUGCCACCAAAGUCUACCUGGGCUCCAGAAAUGAACCUUCACAAGUUGGGUGGUCAGAAUAUUCUGUGUCAGCUCGUGGCCAUGUCACCGGAGUGGGACAAUUAUCAGGGGAAGAGUGAUACCAUUGUCUCGGCGCUGGAUGUGAUCGCCAUGUGUGCAGUGUCUCAUCGGACUCAGCUGUUGCUGUGUGGAACUGCUGAUCUGCCCAACAAUAUCAAAACGCCCAUAAUGAGCGUAAUUGUCGGCUUGGUAGAAGGAGAGGUCAUUUCUGAUGCUGAAAUUACUAAAGCUGCCCUGAGAGUGAUUGUCAACUGUGUUUGUGGACCUGUGGAGAGAUUUGGAAGUGGUGCUGUCCGUUACCAUGGCAGCAAAAAGAAAUCAGGAGCCGAAGAAGACAUACUGUCUUUGAUGUGGCACAAUGUUCGCACUAACAAUGGCAUUAUGGUGCUGCUGAAAACCUUAAGUGUCAAGACCCCAAUCAUCGAGGCAGACUGGAUGAGAAUGCUGGCCUGUAAAGCUCUUGUGGGCAUGGCUCGAUCAGAGACCAUCAGACAGAUUGUUGGCAAACUUCCACCUCUGAAUAAUGGACAAUUACAAAGCCUCAUGAAGGAGCCAGUUUUGUCCGACAAACGUCACGUACACCAUCAGUUCUGUAAAUAUGCCUCAACCUUGCUGGAGAAGAUAGCUGGCCGACAAGCUAAUGUUCUAGGUGCUGCUACACUAGAAGAGAUCAGGAAGGCAGGUGUUGUUGCUCAGACAAAGAUCGUUUACCAGGAAAAAGAACUGCUUCAGCUGAUACAUGAUCAUUUAUCAUCGCGAGGACUUCAUGAAUCUGCAGUUGCAUUACAGAAGGAAGCAAACCUGCCAAAGUGCCCUACACCUCCACCACAUCAUGUUGCCAGCUUGCAUCUCUACUCUCCUUCUACUCCAAAAAUAGGCAGACAGUUAAGUCAGUCGUCGACUCCCAGCACAUCAGCAUCUAAUCAAACCACAAGAGAAAUAUUUCCCUCCGUCUCUGCUACCCCAACAGCCCUGAACCCAGUAGCAGCGCCCUCAACACCACGAACACCUGGAAUAGCAGCAGCAUCCAUUUCAUCUGAGAAACCUCCAACAACAGGAACACCAUGCCUCAGUGCGACAGCAACUCCAUGCAUCAAUGGAGGAGUCACUCCCGCACCUUUGAAGUUUACCCUGACACGAACUCCAGGUCAUCCUCAAUCUGCAUUGUAUCAUAAGAACAAGCGACGGUAUUUGAAAGACAGAGAAGGCUACGUACCCCCAGGAGGCUUUCUCCGAUCAAAAGGGAAGCAGCCAGGAGAUUACGAUUCUUCUUUGGACAAAAUUGUCACCGAAUAUCUGAGGAAACAGCACGCUCUUUGCCCGCAGCCUAUUUCCACCUGCCCAACCAUGUCUCUCUUUGUACCACACAGAUGUCCAGAGCCACUAGGCAAAAACUCUGCAGCUUUUUCAAUUACAUCUCGGCUUUACGACAGACAGGCCAGGCCCCCAUAUGGUGGACCCAAAGGUCAGAUGUUGAAUAGACGAUACAUUCACAGCAAAUUGUCUCCCCUGACAAGUUUCCGAGACAGCGCUGGCGAUGAUGGCCUUUCCUGUUGUAAAUUUGAUCGUGCUGAUGAUAACAUUUUCAUUGGUUCCAUAUCCGGGGAUGUAAGAGUGAUCAAUAUAUCAUCCAGUGGGAAUGAUUUCUACACUGCAGUCUGUCACUCGUCCCCUGUUGUGCAGAUUAGUACAUCUAAAGUGAAACCAGACUUACUGUUUACCAGCACAUGGGGAGCAUCACAGAACUGUGCCCUAUGGGGAUAUAACAAAGAAAAACCAGAGAUUUCACUGAAGUACCGGUUUGAUGAAUAUACUGCCGUCCUUGCCAACCAGAGCCCUGAUCGCUUCAUUGGAACUAAAGAAUGUGUAGCUAGGAUAUAUGACACCAACAGAGGCUCCAUCGUACAGACAUUGUAUGAUGAGCGUAAAGCCAACAAUUACAAGUUCAACAUGGCCACCUUUAACCCGACAGAUGACCUAGUUCUGAAUGACGGGAAUUUGUGGGAUGUGCGCACCAACAAAAUGAUCUACAAGUUUGAUAAGUUUAACCAGUACACCAGCGGCUGCUUCCAUCCACGGGGUUUGGAGGUGGUCAUCAACUCUGAGAUUUGGGAUUUGCGCACAUUUCGCCUGUUGCACACGGUUCCGGCACUUGAUCAGUGCCAUAUCAUGUUUAACUCCAAUGGCGAUGUUAUAUAUGCUAUCAGGGUGGAUGACACAUCAAGCCUGGACAUAACGGUGCGACGUGACUACUCUUCAACAUUACGUACAUUUGAUGCUUUAGACUACAGCAACAUUGGCACCUUCGAUCUGAAAACCACAUGCAUUUAUGACAUUGAUGUGGACCGAAAUGAUCUAAUGAUUGCAGUCAUCGAGAAUGCUGCUCAGCAUGAAACAACGGAUGCAGAAGAAUCCUUGUGCCGUAUCUACGAGCUGGGAAAGAAUAGGGAGCCAGAGGACCAG